AUGGCUUCCCGCCCCGAGAACAUUGGCAUCAAGGCCAUUGAGGUUUACUUCCCCAGCCAGUACGUCGAGCAAUCCGAGCUGGAGACUUUCGAUGGCGUCAGCGCCGGCAAGUACACCAUCGGUCUCGGCCAGACCAAGAUGGCCUUCUGCGACGACCGCGAGGGUGACGAGUACCCCUACGUUGAUGGCCACUACUCCCUGACCUGCUACACCAAGGCUCUCGAUGCUGCCUACCGCGAGUACAACAAGCGUGAGGCCAAGCUUUCCAAGGCUGCCAACGGUCACGCCAACGGUAACGGCACCAACGGCGAGGCCAAGCUCCCCAAGACCAACUUGGACCGCUUCGACUACCUGGCCUUCCAUGCUCCUAACUGCAAGCUUGUCGCCAAGUCAUACGCCCGCCUUCUGUACCACGACUACCUCGCUGAUGCCGACAGCCCCGUCUUCGCUGAGGUUGCUCCUGAGCUUCGUGACAUGGACUACGAGAAGUCUCUGACCGACAAGGUUGUCGAGAAGACCUUCAUGGGUCUCACCAAGAAGAAGUAUCAGGAGAGAGUCGCUCCCGGUGCCCAGGUUGCCACUCUGAUCGGCAACAUGUACUGCGGUAGCGUCUGGGGAGGUGUUGCCAGCUUGCUCUCUUACGUCGACGCCGCCACUCUUAACGGCAAGCGUGUUGGUGUUUUCAGCUACGGUUCUGGUCUGGCUGCAAGCUUCUUGUCCCUGCGCAUCAACGGAGACGUCUCUCCCCUUUCCAAGGCCCUUGACAUUCCCGCCAGACUCGAGGCCCGCCGCAAGCUGGCCCCCGAGGCUUACGAGGCUAUGUGCGAUCUCCGCCACCAGGCUCACCUCCAGAAAGACUACAAACCCAAGGGUGACCCCUCCACCAUCGUCCCUGGCACUUACUACCUCGAGAACGUCAACGAGAAGUUCCAGCGCACCUACAGCGUUAAGGCAUAA